AUGCCUCGCCUUCGAUGGCAAGAAGUAACCAAGGCGACAACUAAUAAUCCUUGGACAACAAAUUUUCGGCAUUUGAUUCAAGUCGACAGGUCCUGGCUGAAACGCAAAGCUGCUGAAGCGGACCAACGAAGAGCCAAGGUCGUCCACUCCGCUGACAGAAUCAAGUAUUGGAACAUUGUGCCCGGUGACCAGAUUCGUAUACGUGGCGACAGGAAUGACACCUUGCAUUCUGUCCAUGCUAUUAACAAGCUGAGCAAUCAGGUCUUUCUCAAGCCUACUGAGGGUGACCAAGAAGGAGGAACACGCGGCAAAAAUUACCAUUACUCAAGAUGUCAGCUCUUUGUCGGCGACUAUGAAUUCCCUCCAGAACCAGGCACAAUAGAGGCACAGACGCGUCGUGUAUUUGCGCAGCGCAUUGGUACCUCUGAGCCCGUCUGGAGCACAUACCUCAAACGGUUCCAUUGGAAUCGUUAUGCAGUGAAAACAACCCCCUCAGUUCCUCAGCUUCGCGGGAAAAGGGUUCCCAUACCCUGGCCAGUCCGAGAACAGCCAAAAUAUGCUGAACCGAGCGCGUACUACGACACUCCAAAAGACGAAGUCAUGAAAGUGACAUAUCAACCCCCACCCUUUAACACCUCCCAUCGAUCUUAUCUCCCUCCGGCCCCAUCGGAAAGCGAGUAUCUCUUUGCAAUGUUCAAUGCUGGCCUAUCUACGACGUAUGGGGAUACUCAACCACCCGCGGAGCUCUUCUUGGAGAAAGAGCUCACAAAUCCCCAUUCGUUCGCCAAACGCCACGAACGCUGGAAAGCAUAUCAGGCGUAUAAGAAGACACUGCUUGCGGAGAUGGUACAGAGGGAGCAGAAGCAUCUCUUUGGCCGAACUAAAGAGCAAGCAAGGGCUGAUGCGACAUUCAAGUGGAAAGAGCGCCUAGAGCUGGAGAGGAAAGACAAGGUGGCAAUGCGGCAGUCGUUCGCAAACUUGAAGCAAGAGAGGAAGGCCAAGAGAAAAGCCAGGAAAGACAUGAAGAUAAGGCAGCGUCUUACGGAUAUGGUUUUGUCGGAUGCAGUCAACCAGAUUGUCCCCGGGGGAGUCGAUGCUUGAGCGAUAUCUCUAGUUUUUUUCAAUAGAAAUAUUGUUCUGGCAAGAAUCGAAGGAUACUUGAACAGGCUCACAUCUUACUGUAUCCAUAAUAGAACACUGUAGAGAUUUUAC